CGAGGCCCUGGGCCUCUGAGUCAGAGGCUCCUUCUCCGCUUGUGCAUUUGUCUCUUGCACCUGUUCGAAUUCUGCGCCUUUGCCAGUGUCUCGCUUGGGUGAUCCUUGGUUCUUUGAGCCUGUGAGUUGGGUGUCAGCACUCACCAGAUUGCUCACCUCCAAACCAGGGUGUCACCUGUAGGUAGGAGGAGCCUCCACAAUGGGAAACAUCAAGUCUAAGGAUGACAGAGGAGCCAUUCCAAAGAAAGAAACGCCAGCAUUUUAUAUGUACACCCACUACCAGCCUAAGUGCUGCAGAUUUCUGGUGGACUGGCAUAGGCUUACGAGAGGUCACGGUCUGUGGUUUCCACGAGAAGGAUCGUUUGACCUGAGUAAAAUAAUGCACCUGAAGGAGGUCCUGGAAUAUCGUGGCUCUAAAGUGGGGCGAGGCGAGUGGAAAGCGUUCAUUGUUUGGUACGCUGAAGCUUCCAAAAGGCACCAGGAUGCUCGGGAGCAGCAUCAUAGAGAUUCCAUUGCGAAACUGGAAGAUAAGAUUCGAGCUUUUGAGUCUGUCAAUCACCCUCCACCACAACAGGAGGUGCCGGGGGAUGUUGGGGAGCGCUUGAGUGCUCAAGGAGUUGGCCAACCUCCAGCUCCAGCCGCUGCCCCUCCGGCGCCGACUCAGGCCCCAGCCGCUGCCUCUUCCGUUCCUUUAACUCCCCUUCCUUCCUUAACCCCAACACCUGUUGUAGCCUCAGAUGCUAGAGACUCCUGUAUCUCUUCUCCCAGGCUGAGAGUGGUAGAGCACCCAGAAUGGAGAAGGAAUUUAGGUGAUUUUAUUGCUUCUAGGCCUAAGAAUUUGUAUGACCUUGCUAGCAAGUUCUCAGACAUUGAGAAAGAACCAAUAGAGUUUAAGAAUCAGUUAAGUUUUGUUAUUAAUGUUUUUAAGCCCACCUGGGCAGAUAUGAACAGACUUUUGACAAUUGUACUGGCCACAGAGGUCAGAGAGCGCCUCUUUGAUGCGGCGCUCUGGCCGCCGAAGGAUCCUGGAGAGAGUCCCUACCUGGUUUGGGUCUGGCAGGCUUUACUCAAUGCUGUUCUGUUGGUCUGCCCUAGAAAAUCUGACUGGGGGAAAAUCGUAUCCUGUAAGCAAGAAAUGAAUGAGCAACCUAGCAUGUAUUUAAAUCGCUUUACAAAAGUCUUUGAGGAGCACUCUGGCAUCAGUGAGCCGGGCAAUGGGGCCACCCAAGGGAUGGCGAUCGCUUUUGUCCAAGGCCUCCUCCCCAGAGUUCAAAAACAGCUGCGUACUUUUUGUGUGGGGUGGGAAGGAAAAUGCGUGUACGAAUUAUCAGCAGUAGCUCACUACUACUGGCAGCUGGAGCAGGAGAGGAAGAUGAUCGUCUGUCGAGGCCCUCAGAGACGACGGCCUCGGAAGUCCUUUGACCCUUCUGCAUGCUUUUACUGUAAACAGCGUGGUCAUUGGAGAAAGGAGUGCCCUUAUCGGCUCACUCACCAGCUCCAACAACUGGAGCCUUCCGUCACGUUCUCCUGCGGGAUAGUUGGUCUUUAGAGCCCCGACUGGAGGGACCCUCCAAGCCCACUCUCUAGGCUUCAUUUCUCCUCUGAGAAAUGGCUCCUCAUCGGGAGAUUUGUUUUCUGUCUUUUGUAAUUUCACCUUUUGCCUUAAAUUCCUCAGUUCCCUAAAGGGGAAGAGCUUUCUAUUCCCAGAUUUUAAUAAUGCCUAGCCCAAGGGCUAGGAGUGAAGGGGUGUUCUUUGUAGCCCCUUGGUGCUUGGGGAUAACAGAUUUUGUACCUUUUCUAAGUGGAGAAUCAAAGGGAUAAAAAGCCCAGGCUCACCAUCCCUUUCAGCCACAAUCUAUGCAGUCUUGAAAACAGAAACUGCUCUCAUGGGCAUGAGAGAUGGAAUCUUUUUUUUUUAAAUUUUUUAUUUUUUUUGAGAGUUGAAGUGUUUGUGGGGUUUAAAAAAAAAAAAAAGAAAUCUUCUGGACUAUCUUGGGGAGGGAUCCCCCCCCUUGGAAAUAUGUGUGCUUUGCCUUAAUUGUAGAUCAUAGGUCUUUGGGUGAUGAGGAGAACCCUUUGGGACCAUUGAUAUCUCUUGCCCAUGAUCUGUGCCCUUAAGGGGAUCCGUAGUAAAGGGAGCUGGUGCUGGAUUGGCAGCCUGACAUAUUAGGGCCUGUCUGGCAUGCCUGGUAUUCAUCCAAGAUGACUGACCCAUUCUGGGCUUGCUAUGUUGAAUUGCUGGGCAGGUGAUCUUCCAGAGGCCGGGACGGGAGCUGCCUUACUCCAUUGGCCACCUUAUCCCGGGCCUCCUGCCUGUUGGGUCACCAGCCUGGCUGGCUCUUCCAUCCUUUGAGCAGUGUGAAGGUCCAGUGUGCCACUUGACUAUUUAAAAAAAAAAUCACAGCAUGUGUCUGGGAUCAGACAGAAUGGAGGGGAGGUUUUCUCGUUGUACAAUACUUGUGGGAAGUCAUUCUGUAACUUUCUGACCCAGAGCUGCCGGAAUCUAUUCAUUAUAAUCACCAUGAUGGCCUGGUUCCCCAACUUACAGUAAAUUCUUUGAGUAUUGCAGGAAAACACCUAAAUGCCUUAUUUGCCUCUCAGUGUCUAUCUGCACCCCAAAAUCCACAUGGAUGGGGGUCAAGGGAUGGAAAAGCCCCUUUUCUUUUUAGUUAAAGUCUACCUUCUCUCCCUCCCAUCUCCCCUGUUCCCUGUUAAGAAAGAAAGAAAAAUAAAAUCCCUGUUCCAAAAUAUGUAGAGUCAAGGAAAACAAAUUCCUGCUUGACCAUGUCUAUCACCCCUAAAGCCCUUUUGGUUUUGUUUUGUUUUUUCUGCAAAUUGACAUAACAUAAAUGUUUGAUUGAAUCUCUGUGCGAUUGCCUGGGGUCAUGAAGCAUGAGCAAAGAAGAUAAGAUGGUGGUGAGUUUUGGCCCAGGAAUCUCAUUAUUAUUAUGAUUUCUUCUGUUCUCCUUGCAUCCCAGUGCCAUCAUGGGCCCCCCCCAUCCUUCCCCAGGCAUUCAAUGAUCAUCAUACUUGUAAGGAUUGUGGGAGAUGGGAAAUGGCCGACGGGGCUGAGCAGCUGCCGUGUUAUUAAUGAUGGCCUUCUCUGAGCUAUGAUGUGUUUGUACUGAAGAAUUUUGAAACUGCAAGUUCCACACCCUUCCUCCACGCAUGUCAAUGAUUGCUAUUGCCUGCUAGAGAAUAGAUAUGGGCAUGGUUCGUCUACUGCUGAGUGAGGCCUUAAUUAGGAGGUCUCUCAUAUUAGAAAUCUUGUGAAAGUCCCCCCCAUCUAAGUCAGGGCUCCUGGAUGAUCAAAGGGGAGGCACUGAAGUCUUUAAAACAAACCCUGCUGAGAGACAAUUUCUUCUUCUUUUUUUUGGUUGCUGACCUGCCCAGAGUCAUACAGCUAGUAAGUGUUAUAUGUCUGAAGCUG